AUGAAUUCACUGGCCUUAAAAAGUGAGCAAGAAAAAAGUUACACAAAAGUUUCGAAUUUCGGUCUCGGAAACUCAAAAACCAGCAAUGUUUGUCGGGAGAACAUUCACUUGUCAUCAUCGCUUUUUUUCUCGUUCAAUUUCAGUAAAUAUUUUCAUGUUUGCCCACUUUUUCUCGUUUCUCUCCGUCUCGUCGCGGUCACACAAAUGUUAUAGUUAGACUACGGGCCGACACACACUUCUACUAGUCAUCACUUUAUGGUCGAAUUUUUUUCUUGAACACAUAUUUCACAACCUCACGCGAGACCAGUUUGUGAUAAAUGAGGGAAAACAUUAACACAUCGGAUGGGAUGCGAAACAAAAACAAAAGAGGCACUUUGUACUUUUGUCUAGUAUUCGGGUGUGUGAAGACGUUCUCCCGUCUGUAUUCUUAUUUUUCGAUAAAUUUCUACAACUCUAAAGUUCAGGCAAUUUUGUCAUUAUUUCUCUCUUCUUUUUAGAAACUGCUUCCUAGGCUAAUGUUUAUUUGUUGACUCAAGUCCCUCACUCCCACUUUACCAGUUCGUCUCCCCUCUGAUGUCUAGUAAAAAUGGCGGGCCUUUUGCAGGAAUGACGGACGAGUACAGAAGGCAUUCGGUGUCGGCGCCCCUCUCGAAGGACCUCGUCGAGUGUCUCCGCGAGUCGAUGCAGAGGGAGAUCAAGUUCGAGACUCCCUACGUUUUCGUCGUUUUUGGAGCUUCGGUAGGGCGCAAAUCAGUCUUGCUCAAAAAGUUUCUAAGCCAAAAUCCCUGCUUUUUGAGUAAAAUUAGGGGUUUCAGCUUCAAAUCGCUAUAUUAUAGGGGCACCGGAUAGAAAGGGCCCGCUGUUCGCAAUCUGGCCGAAUUUCUAGGCCGCGAAGUAAUUUUCCACUGAAAACGUGGCCUAACUUUUCAAACUCGGCCCCGAGGUCGCUCAAUUUGCUCUGAUCGUUCAGAUAAUUUCAUAGUUGUAACGGGAAGUACUUUGCAGGGCGACCUGGCAAAAAAGAAGAUAUACCCGACGCUGUGGUGGCUGUUCCGCGACAACCUCCUGCCCGUCAACAUCAAGUUCGUCGGCUACGCGCGCUCCGAUCUGACCGUCAGCCGCCUCCGCGAAUCGUUCGAAAAGUACUGCAAAGUGCGCGAAACCGAGAGAUCCGCGUUCGACGAAUUCAUCAAGCAUUGCUCUUACGUUCAGGUUUCCUCGUUUCUUCUGGGAAUUCCUAAUAGUCUCAAAAGAUUUACAGGGCAAAUACGACACUUCAGACGGAUUCCAACGCCUCCAAUCGUACAUUGACGACUUCCAAAAAGAAAGUCACAAUCGUAAGGCUUCCCCCUUUUCCCGGGAAACCUACAGUAAUCCUCCGUUCAGAAGCCGUCAACCGUCUCUAUUACCUGGCCCUCCCCCCGUCGGUCUUUAAUGUCGUAUCGACGGAACUCAAACAGAACUGCAUGGACAAGGGCGACUCGUGGAGCCGUGUCAUAAUCGAAAAACCGUUCGGACACGACUUGAAGUCCUCGUGCGAACUGUCGAAUCAUUUGGCGAAACUGUUCAAAGAGGAUCAGAUCUAUCGAAUCGAUCACUAUCUGGGCAAGGAAAUGGUGCAAAAUCUGAUGGUUAUGAGGUUCUGACACUCUUUUUUCCGCCCGGCCCCUGACCUCGAACCCUUACAGAUUCGGAAACCGCAUCCUUGCUCCGUCGUGGAACCGCGACCACAUCGCCUCCGUAAUGAUCUCGUUCAAAGAGGACUUUGGGACGGGCGGCCGCGCCGGCUACUUCGACACGGCCGGAAUCAUUCGCGACGUGAUGCAGAACCAUCUCAUGCAGAUUCUCACUCUCGUCGCCAUGGAAAAGCCGGCGAGUCUGAACGCGGAGGACAUCCGCGACGAAAAGGUCAAGGUGCUGAAGGCGACGAAGGUUGUGGAGCUGAAGGACGUCGUUGUCGGACAGUACGUCGCCAAUUCCGAGUGUCCACGUGAGAACCCAUCGAGGAUGAAUCUCUCGAAUCUUUUCAUUGCAGACCCAGAAGCCUCGCACGGCUACCGGGACGAUAAGGACGUUCCGGCCGACUCGACAACGCCCACCUACGCACUCGCGGUCCUCCACAUUAACAACGAACGAUGGGAGGGAGUGCCGUUCUUCCUCAGAUGCGGAAAAGGUUUGACCGAACUGGCUAGUACUUGUAAUUACAGAAAAUACCAUUUACAGCUCUGAACGAAAAGAAAGCCGAGGUGCGCAUCCAAUUCAAAGAGGUUUCCGGAGACAUUUACCCGGCGGGCGAGCUGAAACGGUCGGAGCUCGUGAUGAGAGUUCAGCCGAACGAAGCGGUCUACAUGAAAUUGAUGACCAAGAAGCCGGGAAUGGGAUUCGGCGUCGAGGAGACCGAACUCGAUUUGACCUAUAAUAAUCGGUGAGGGAAUGAGGGGAUUUCUGGCAAAACGUUGUCAGAAAACUGAGAAAAUUUGCCUUGAAGUAUCACUGUUUGUCUUCAAAACGUUCCAUUUGUCAGGUACAAGGAAGUACGACUUCCGGACGCGUACGAACGUCUCUUCCUCGAAGUGUUCAUGGGAUCGCAGAUCAACUUCGUUCGAACUGACGAGCUGGAGUACGCGUGGCGCAUCCUGACGCCAGUGCUCGAGCAGCUUGAAAAGGAGAAAGUGAAGCCGGUUGAGUACAAAUUCGGAAGGUAACACCCCUCAAAUCUAAUCAGAUUUAAUGGUAUCCUUGCAGCCGCGGACCGACGGAAAGCGACGAACUGAUGAAGAAGUAUGGAUUCGUGUUCACCGGAACCUACAAAUGGGUGGCGCCGAAACUGUGA